AAACACAGUAUCACACUCACGCAAUGUUAUCUAUUACAGUGCUUUAUCAAAGUUUAAUAGAAUAUUGCGACUCUAUAUCCGUUACAAGUUACAACCGGUAAAAGCUGAGUCCUUGAAGUUAUAUGAUAUUUUGAUUUAAAUCUGGUGUCUAGUAAACGCUAAACGGAAUUCUGAAUAAUAAAAUCUAUGAAUACCGUACAGGUAUUUUUCUAUGGGUGUAAACAGUAAACGUUACUGAGAUUUAAAGUUAGAUAGGUACAUUUAAUUUUAAAACAUCAAGUCGUUUUUCUUUUUGAUGUUUUCAACAUAUUCGGUGCAUCAUAUUAUAUUGUGGCCGUAUAAUUAACUGUGUCUUUUCAAAAUGGUUUACUUACAUUUUCCAACAAAUUUGACUGAAGAAGAAUUGAUGUUGCAGAGCAAGUAUCAAAAGUUAAGAAAAAAGGUACCCAAUAUUCGGAUACACAUUGUUAUUCAUUUCAUUAAUUUAUAUAUUUUGUAGAAAAAAGCAUUACAAGUACAAAAGACCCCUCGACCAGAACCCGAGCCCUCCCCCGUACUCAAUCCUAAACGGCCCAAAGAAACGGCACGUGAUGCUAGAGAAAUAGCCAAAAAAUUAUUGAAAUCAGGUGCUAUAGGACCAAUAAAAAAGGUACCAAAUCGUACAGACCAAGAAUCUUUUAAAAGACCCUGUGGAAUGGACCGUAAAAUGUUAUGUACGCCUCAAACAUUGACAAGCUACCAACCAUUUUCAGCAGCCGCAAGUGCUACAAUGGUCAUCAAGACUGAAGUCCCAGAUAGUACACCGAAGUCAUCUCCCACUACAAAAUUUACAGUAAUUAUAUCAUUUUCAUUAUUUUCAAUGAUAAAUAAAAAAAUAAUACUUAAUAUGCUUACAGAGUUUAUACAACAAUUUUGUUUCUUCUACUUCAAAAACUACUCCACCUGCUGCUGCUGCUGCUAGUACUACUCCGAGUUCCCCAGAACCUGCCGCUGAACCGCCUCGUAAAGGUAUAACUAUAUAUGUGGGAGGAAGUAGUUCGAUGACCGAAGAAUUUUUAAAAUCCACAUUUAGUAAAUUUGGCAAUAUAAUUAAUAUAUCAAUGGAAGUUGAAAAGAAGUGAGUUUUAUAAUAAUAAUAGAUAAUAUUAUGGUAAUUUUAUAUUAAAAUAGAUUUUUCAAUGCUGACAAUCUAUUAUGAUUUCAAUUGUAUUGCAUUUUAGUCGUGGAUUUAUCACGUUCAAUUCACCAGAUAUUGCUGACAAAGCAGUAACCCAAGUAAACAAUAAAUACACUAAUUACAAUUAACAUCAAUCACCAAUUUCCUUUUUUUUUUUUAUCAUAGAUGAACACUACAACAGUAUCUGGUAUUAAAUUGAAGGUAUCCAUUUCCCGAAACCAACCAAUUGAAUUUGCUGAUAAAGGACUUACUACAUGGAAUGCCAUUGGUAAGCACUUCAUUAAUAAUUUGUAUUUAAGAUUCUAACUAUUUAAUAAUAAUUAAUAUUGUGCUUUUUAUUGCAUAAUAUAAGAAUGAAUCUAAACAAAUAAAUAUAAAUAGAUUUUCAAACUGUAUACAUCACAAUUCAAAUAGUUGUCAUGUACAAAUCUUUUUUUAUUAUUUUCUGUUAUCAAUAUAAUAUUAAAAACUCUUUUCACUUAAAGUCCUAAAAGCAUAAGUUAUUUUUAUGUACUUCAAUGUCAUAUGAAAUGUUUGAACACCAGAUAAGAUUUAAUAACAUAUAUUAUUUCUUGGCGUACAGCCCAUUGGCCCAUCUUGUUCUUCUUGAAUUUAACUAAAAUUAUUUUUAAAAAAUAAGCUUAAAACACAUAAUACAAUUGUAUUAUGCAGUUUUUAUUUGCAACUACCAAAAUUUAAUUAUUAUCAUGAUAGAUUUAAAUAUCAAUACAAAUACUUUGUUUUUGGUGUACAUUUGUUAAAACACAUACUUUAUAAAGUUUGGUAUUUUUCAGCUACCAACAAAUCACAAAAAGGAAAUCAAAAAGAUGACCGGUCAUUGAUCAUAUAUGAUGACUUAUUUUCAUAAAUCGACUUAAUUUUUAAAAUUUAAAAUGUAAGACUUUUUUUCUCAAAGGAUUUUUAAU